CAAUGACUGCAGCCAUUGGGGGCUGUUGUGUUAUUUCGCAGUUUAAGUGUUGGGAGAAGGUGGUUUAAACAUGGUGGAACCUAGCGGCUGCUAUGAACUGGGAAGUGAAACCAGGCAGCCAGAAUGUGGACCAGGGAAGCGUCUACGAGCGGCGGCUCUGAAGGUGAGAGUGGAGGAGAGCGUUUUCCUCGUCGACAGGGCCCUGCUGCUCCAGCACUGUGAGUACUUCCGAGCUCUCUUCCGGUCUGGAAUGAGAGAGUGCGGCCAGGAGGAAAUUCACCUGAAGGGUCUGAGCGCUCGCGGGUUCCUGGUCAUGCUCAGCGUGCUGAGGGGCGAGCGGCCCAUGCUGGACGCCGACGAGAUCAUUGAUGCCGCGGAAUGUGCCGGAUUCCUCCAGGCGGAGUUUCUCUCCAGGCACCUCGUAAACAUCAUCAACUCUGACAACUGCCUGCUCAUAUGUCAAGUAGGAGCCAACUAUGGGAUAGCAGACCUCCUCCACAGUGGGGCGCUGUUUCUCCGAGACUCUUGCCGUGACCUGGAAGGGGCGGCCAGUUGUCUCCCCAAAGAGCUGUUGGAGUACGUUGAGUCUUUGACUCCCAGCUCCUACGUGACCGUUGGCGCCCACUCGCCGAGCGUCGAGCUGCUGCAGGACUUUGUGCGGACGGUGUGCUACCUGGAUGAGGAUGAGAAGGACUGGAAGGUUCUGACCGACUUGCCGAACGAAGCCAGCACCACCAUGGCCGGCCUGACUGUCCUGGACAACAGGCUGUACAUCGUCGGAGGGGUGCGUGAUAUUACCAACCAGGUGGUCGACUCGUGCUUCUGCUACGACGCCUCUGCCGACACGUGGAGUACGUUUGCCUGCCCCCACCAGCCUCGCUACAACCUCACGCUGGUGGGGCACGAUGGUUACCUCUACGCCAUCGGGGGGGAGUACAACAGGACGGUCAUGUCCUCGGUGGAGAUGUAUGACGUCUCCACCAGCACUUGGUCCCAGGCCUCCCCAUUUCCCCACCCCGUAUCCAGCGCCCCGAGUGCCAAAGCGAUGAGUCGGAUCUUCAUUUGCUCAUGGAAGCCGAUGGGUGCCACUGACAUCCACGAGUACCUUCCCGGGGAAGACAGAUGGACGCUCCUCACAACACUAGUGAGGCACCAGAGUUAUGGCCACUGCAUGGUGGCCCACAGGGACAACCUCUAUGUAAUGCGCAAUGGGCCCUCAGAUGACUUCUUGAGGUGUGUAAUCGACCGCUUCAACCUCACCACGGGGCAGUGGACGGCCAUGCCGGGUCACUACAGCAACAGCAAAGGCUCCCUGUUCACCGCGGUAGUGAAGGGUGACUCCGUUUUCACAUUCAACCGGAAGAUGACCCUGGAGUAUGCCAUCGAGGACGACGCAUGGAAACCGAGAAGACAAAUGCGGGGUUUUCCACGAAUCGGCUCUUUCUGGACCUUUUCACUCAGGCUGCCGAAGCCUGGGAAUCAGCCGGUGAGAAAGAACAACAACUAUCAGAGGUUCAAGAACCAAAGUCAUGCCCAUCCCUCAUCCUCCUUACACUGCACUCUUUGAUGAGGAUGUUUUAUGCGGUUUAUUAAACAAUUUACGAGCAUACCAGUACUCUCCCUUUCAUUUAUGUACGGAAACAGAGACAAGAAUCUUAUUACAUGUGAAAGGGAGCGCAUCAAAACAUUCUGUGAGAUUAGGAGGCACCGUUUGGGGUAACAGUUCCGCAAAACUGGCACCUUUACAGCAAAAGCCAGGCAAGUAGCACUAAUUACUAACUUCCCUCAUUUGCUCGUACCCUAAACAUACCUAGUCUUUAGGAUUGCAUUUGCCCCUGGGAAUGAGCAGCUUAUUUAUGUAUCAUUGCCUGAGAACUUCCAAGUUUUAUUAUGUUUUCAUAAAUUGUUGAAGAGUCAUGUCCUUUCUCCGCUGUAAUAAAUGCACAGAAUCGCUUUGAGGAGUCCUGAACGAAUAGCCGUAUCCUGUUUUCAUAAUAAACAGCCCAUUUAUAUCACGUCCCCUGGGCCGGUUUGCCAGACAAACGUCAAUUUGACGAAGCAGACGGAGUGUAUAUUUCCGGGGACCCCUGUCUAUGUGGGGUAGCUUCCAUGAUAUGCUCACAGUGUACAGUAUGUGUGAAGGGGGAAAACAAUGUACAGAUCAUCUUGUUCUACAUUUUCUGUUUAGUCACUACCAGUGAAAAGGUUUUGCACACACUGAGAGACUAACAAAUAAAAGUACAGUGUGUUCACCAUUUGAGCACUUUUAUUAGCAAGAAAAUGUCAUAUCUUUGAUUCAUCAAAAUUACGUCCUCUAGCAGUUAUAACAACAGAAAAAAUUUGAGGCGUUCAUUCUGCAAGGGACAUGAAGUGCUGCUCUGUUUCAUGGCAUGAAUUACUAACUUCCCUCAUUUGCUCGUACCAUGGCAUGAAACA